AGUGAAACAAAAUCACAUGUCGAGCUAAAAAUCUCUCUUGAUACUGAAAAUUAUAACUACAGCACAGUUAAAGACUUCACGAGGAGUAUAAUCACAGACAAUUCUGACUUUCCACUUAAAGCGAGGCAAAAAAUAAAGGUUUAACUGGAGUAUAAAAUGGCAGAAGCUUCAUCACCACAACCAAGAAAAAGCAAAAGGAAACGCAUGGAUACACCCGAUUCUUUUUCACGUGAUUCCAGCAGUCUCCUGUCUGAAGAGCAGCUGCUGUGUUCGAUCUGUCUGGAUGUGUUCAUUGAUCCAGUCACCACUCCAUGUGGACACAACUUCUGUAAGAGCUGCCUUACACAGUGCUGGGAGAAGAGUCAACACUGUCAAUGUCCAUUAUGUAAAGAGAAAUUCACCAAGAGACCUGAACUGAAGAUUAAUAUAACACUGAGAGAGGUUGCAGAUCACUUCAAGAAGAAAAGUAGUGCUGACAAACCUGAGGUUCUUUGUGAUGCCUGCACUGGAGAGAAGCUGAAGGCCCUGAAAUCCUGUCUGGAUUGUCGUGCAACUUUCUGUAAAACUCAUAUGGAGCCACAUAUUCAUGUUCCAAGCUAUAAGAAACACAAACUAAUAAACCCUGUGGAGAACCUGGAGGACUACAUAUGCCAGAAACAUGAGAGAGCUGUGGAGCUGUUCUGUAGAGAUGAUCAGAUGUGUGUGUGUCAGUUCUGCACUGAAGGAAACCACAAGAAUCACAACACUGUUCCUAUAGAGGAGGAGAGUGGAGAAAGGAAAACUCAGCUGGUGAAAAUACAGACAGAUGUGCAGCAGAUGAUUCAGGACCGACUGAAGAAGAUAAAAGAAAUCAAACACUCAGUAGACCAAAGCAAAAGAAGCACAGAGAAAGAGAAAGCAGACAGUGCUGAAGUCUUCACUGCUCUGAUUCGCUCCAUUGAGAGAAGUCAGGCUGAGCUGCUCGAGGUGAUGGAGGAGAAGCAGAAAGCAGCAGAGAGGCAGGCUGAAGGACUCAUUAAAGAGCUGGAGCAGGAAAUCACUGUGCUAAAGAGGAGAGACACUGAGCUGGAGCAGCUCUCACACACUGAGGAGCAUCUCCACCUCCUACAGAUUUACUCCUCCAUGUGCAGCCCUCCACACACCAAGAACUGGACUGAGAUCAGUAUUAACACUGAUCUGAGUGGGGACACCGUGAGGACAGCUCUGUCUCAGCUUCAGCAGACUCUGAAUGAGAAACUCACUAAAACACUCUAUGACAAGUUAAAGGAAACAAUUUCCACAGAACUGAAGAGGAUUCAGCAGUAUGCAGUGGAUGUGACUCUGGAUCCUGAUACAGCUCAUCCCAAUCUCAUCCUGUUUGCUGGUGGAAAACAAGUGACAUGUGGAGACAAACGACAGAAUCUCUCUGAUGCACCACAGAGGUUUAAUGAUUGUGUUAUGGUUCUGGGAAAGCAGAGUUUCUCCUCUGGGAGAUUUUAUUAUGAGGUGCAGGUCAGAGGGAAAACUGCAUGGGAUGUCGGUGUGGCUACAGAGUCCAUUAACAGGAAGGGGAAUAUUACACUGUCUCCUCAGAAUGGAUUGUGGACUGUGGAUUUGAGGAAUGAGAAUCAGUACAGUGCUUGUGCUGAUCCCCCUGUCCCCCUCACACUGAGAGAGAAGGUGGAGGUGGUGGGGGUGUUUGUGGACUAUGAGGAGGGUCUGGUCUCCUUCUAUGAUGUGAAGUCUAGAUCUCAUAUCUACUCUUUCACUGGUCAGUCUUUCACUGAGAAACUCUAUCCUUUCUUCAGUCCUGGUUUACAUGAUAGAGGUAAAAAUUCAGCACCACUGAUCAUCUACACUGUGUUUAAAUGAAAUUUCACCUCGCAAAUUUACUUCUCAUUUUCGUCUAUUAAAUGGGAUUAAAUGAGAAUCAAAUGAAAUAUUUUACUUUUUCUGGUUCAUUUUCGAAAUACAGCUAUAGGUGGAAAAAACACAUAAUAUUAAUCCUUCAAUCUGGUGUUAUGAUUAUUACAAAUCAAAGGUUAAUAAAAUUAUUUACAGUUCACUGUGUUUUACUCCAGAAUUUAAUUUGAUCAAUAAAACGUGUUACAUUCAGCUGCUGAUGUCUGUGUAGAUAAAACUGAACAAAACUGUAUUACCUUAAAACUUCAAUAAACACAAACAAAUUCAUAUUUUAUUUAUAA